GUAAUUGGCUCGGUCUGAGAGGUGGGCGGGGCGUGCGCUGAGGUGAAGCCCCGCCCCGCGGGCGCUGCCUGAGGGGGGCUGAGGCGAUGGCGGCGGAGCCCGGCCCCGAGCCCGGCCCCAACCCCUUCUCCUUCCGCGAGUUCGUGCGCAGCCAGGCCCGCGGUGCCCGGGCGGGGGGGGCCGGCCCCCUGCUGCUCCCGGAUCCCGGCGAGGAAGAGGAGCAGGAGGAGGACGAGGAGGAGGAGGAGUGGGGCGGCAGCUACCAGCCCUCCGCCGUGGAGCGGGCCCACCUCGCCGCCGGCUCCUUCUGCGACGCCCCCCUCGGGGCCCCCCCGCGGCCCGGCUACGAGGAGCUAAAAGAAGAGAAUGCCAAUUUGAGAAGCAAGAUCAAUAAGCUUCAGAUUCUCUCUGAAACUCAAGCAGACAAGAUGAGGAAGCUUGAAAGAAAGCUUGAGGAAAACAAAAUUAAAGAAGAGAAAGAAGCGCAGGACUUAGAAGCAAUGGUGCAGCACGUGGAACAAAAUCUCCAGCUAAUGACUAAACGGGCUCUUAAAGCAGAAAACAGUGCUGCAAAACUGAAACAGGAAAAUGCCUUACUUCAGGUUCAGCUGAAGAACUACAAGAAGGAGAACGAAGCGUUGAGGUCGGGCCAGUCGGCGAGCCUGGCUGUGGUGAAGCAGAACGCUGAGGCGGCCUUGCAGAACCUUCUCACGGUCAUUACAAACUCUCGGUCUGCGGUGAGGCAGCUGGUGUCGGGAGCGGAAUCGCUGCAGCUGGUGGCCGAUCUCCUCAAGUCCAUAGACAGCAUCUCCGAAGUGCCCGAGGCCGGACAGUGAAACUCCCGGAGGAGAGCUGGGCCUCGGUGCGGGGCCGGGGCCGGGACCGGGACCGGCUCCUGCCCUCCGCCCUCGCCCCGCUCCCGCAGCGGGCGGGCAGCAGGACCCAGCGCGGCUCCCGGCUGCUCCGCCUCGCGCCCCAUUGGCUGCCCGCU